AGAAACGCGCAUGCGUAAGUUCCGUCAUGCGGCAAACUAGUGCCUCGAGGAGGAGUUUAUAAGGGAUUGUCAACGUUGAACGGAAGUGCGCGUGCGUAAACCAGACGGGGUUAGGCGCUUCUAGUGAUGCCUUGAAUUCUAGCACUACGGACAGAUCUUGCUUCGCUGUGCGCCAACGAAUUCUGUGAAGGUGGGGAACCAGUGAAUCUAUUAUGACAAGAUUAAGGAAGGAUUGGAAGAGAUGACCCAUCAAAUUUGAACUCAUCAAGUUUGCAGACGACACCAAGCUGGCAGGAAUGGCCAACACUCCAGAAGACAGGCUUAAGAUACAGGAGGAUCUGGACAGACUUGAACACUGGGCACUAUCUAACAAAAUGAAAUUCAGUGGUGAAAAAACGGGUCUUCUCCAUCCUGCGCCGAGAAUGAAGCCUAAGAGAAAGGAGAUGUGAGGGCUUUCUCGUCACUCGACGUGGAACCUCCGGUUGAAGGAGAAAGGAAUGGCAAGCUCAGAGAAAGCUUGUCUGAAGAGCCAGACUGCUGGAGAACAGGAAGCGGGCAAGAAGCCAGACCAGAGAAUCCCCAUCUGUGACGAAAGUAUCCGAGGUGCAUCCGUUGGGAAUGAAAAAAAGGACCUUGGGUACCAGGUAAAAGAGAACCAACCGCUUCCUAUCCAGUCCCAGCCAGGGAUGUGCUGGGCUUGCCCAGAUGGCACCUUUGUCAAGCUGAUCCUAAAGGCUGGGACAGGUUUAGAUAAACCAAAGGAAGGGUCCCUCUGCCAAGUCUUCAUUGAGGCCAAUCAUGAAGGUCCCUUGAGCUACCCAUCUUGCAGGUGGGCCGAAGUAGAGCUGGGUGGGGGUGACGCCGAAUGGGACGGUGUGGUGGACCGUGGUUUGGAAACCAUGCUGGCAGGGGAGCAGGCUGAACUGAGGUUGACAGCCGGCAGCACCAUCACUGUCCAGUUGGCAAGCUUCACGGAAGCCAAAGACUCUUGGGAGAUGAGCGCAAGUGAGAAGUGGGACUUGGUCCUCAGCAAUAAAGAGCGCGGCAGUGAGCUGUACAGGGCGGGAGCCAUUGAGGCAGCUGCCAGGCGCUACGCUAGGGCCUUGCGCCUGCUCGUGGUGGCUGCUCCUCCCCCGGAUUAUGACCAGAUCAAGGCGGAGCUUCACACCAACUUGGCUGCCUGUCAGCUACGGUUGCACCAGCCGGCCAAUGCCGCUCAAAACUGUUCCAAGACUCUUGUGCUCCAACCGGCCAACCCCAAGGCCUUGUUUCGUCGGGGCUUGGCCUACGAUGCGAUGAAUGACCUGGAGGGGGCAGCGCAAGACCUAAAGGGCGUUUUGCGAGUUGAGCCAGGAAACCGAGCAGCUCGCCGGGAAUUAGAAAGGGUUACUGAGCGGAUCCGGGUGCGGGAUGCUAGAUUGGCUCAGGCCAUGCAGAAAAUGUUUGCUUGAAUAAAAUUAUUUUACCACGUCA